AUGUUAGGGAUGCAAGAAUACGAGGAAGAAGAUUUCUUGUGCCUUAGGCUCUCCAUUUCUUCAGACUCUGAUUGUGAGAGAAAGAGAAAUGAAACCCCAACUCUCUCCGACUCAAUAAGCAGCGAUGGAAGCUUCGAAGAAGAAAGCAAAAUCCUCUCUCUCUUCCAAAUGAGGGAUCAAAUGCUUAAUCUCCACCGCAAGAGAGCAGGAGAAGAUCAUCCUGAAGAAUCCGACGUCGACGGCAACGGCCUGCGCCUCGUCCACCUCCUCCUCGUCGCCGCCACCUCCGUCGACGAGAACAACACCAGCGCGGCCCUCGAGAGCCUCCGCGGGAUCUACCGGAGCGCCUCCCUCUCGGGGGACUCCGUCCAGCGCGUCGCCGCCUACUUCGCCGACGGCCUCGUCGCGCGCCUCCUCCCGGAGACGCGCGACGCAGUCGCACGGGGGCCCGCGCGGGACGAGGCGUUUUUGUCGUAUGCAGAGCUAUAUAAGGUGUCUCCGCUCUACCAAUUGGCCCACUUCACGGCCAAUGAGGCGAUCCUCGAGGCGUUCGAGAAGCAGGACCGCGCUAACCCUAACCCUAACCCUAGGGUUCUCCACGUCAUCGACUUCGAGGUUUCUUAUGGCUUCCAGUGGCCCUCUCUUAUGCAGUCGCUGUCUGAGAGGGCCACUCCAGCCAGGCGUAUCCUGCUUAAAAUCACAGGAUACGGCAGCUGCCCAGAGCAGCUACAGGAAACACAGGCGAGGCUCACCAGCUUCGCCCAGUGCUUCCAAAACCUAGUCUUCGAGUUCACUGGGAUCGUACGAGGAUCGAAUCUCGCAAAACCAAAGAUCAAAAAGGGGGAAAUUGUUGUGGCAAAUUUAUCAUUCCAUUUAAGCACAUUGAAGAACUACUCCAAGGUCUCAGAAACUCUUAACUACCUCAAAUCGGUUCGCCCCGCCAUCGUCGUCCUCGUCGAGCAAGAAGGAAGCCGAAAAACCCACAACUUCCUCUCCAGAUUCACCGAAUCCCUCCACUACUUCGCGGCCAUUUUUGACUCGUUAGACGACUGUCUCCCUCUCGAGAGCGCAGAGCGCCUGCGGAUCGAGAAGAAUCAUCUCGGAACCGAGAUCAAGCACGUGAUGAACAACGACAGAGACGACGACAACAACAACAACGACAGCCUCAGGUUCCAGAGUUUGGAAACUUGGAAAAAGAGAAUGGAAACCAACGGAUUUCGUGGGGUCAGACACAGUACAAGUGCCGUGAUGCAGGCAAAGCUGCUGCUGAAGAUGACGAGCCACUGCUCCGGCACGCAUCUCGAGGGCGAAAACGGAGGCUUUCGGGUUUUCGAGAGGGACGAUGGGAGAGCUCUCUCGCUUGGAUGGCAAGAGAAGCUGCUCAUAACUGCAUCUUCAUGGUGCUGCGUUUGA